AUGGUCCUGUGUGUACAAGCCACUGAUGCCGCCAUCCCAAAAAAGCAGCGGGAGCGGGCCGCUGCGUGGUUGGAGAACAUGAGUCCGCACCACGCUGCUCUGGCAGGCCUUUCUGCAGACUGGGGGCUGGAGUGCUCGGAACUCAUUCGGCUGCUGGACGUGGAUGCUCGAGACCCGUCCCAGUUCAAACGCUUAGUCUUGAACUGGAUCGGCAAGCAGGAGAGGCUCUUCAUGGAAGGCCGCAUCCUGGAAGAGCCUGUCGCUUCUCAUGAAGACGGAUCGCAGCUGGCUUCUGCCACAUGGACAGCGAUCAACAAUCUCAUGGAGUGCCCGCCAAUCGUGUAUCAGCAGCGUGUCAAGAGCUUUUGGCACAAAGGCGCCAAGGAAGAAGUACUUCGCGCCGUGGACUCUGUUCAGGUUACGUGUCGAGCAAGCUUGGAUAGGCUGCUGGCAGAGUUUACGGACAAUUUGGUGUGCGACCUGUCUCUGUUUGACUUGUCCGCCUGGAACCAAGCACAGCAAGGCCCGCCAGAUAUUUACGAUGUUUUCUGUACGAACACUCGGCGAAAACUCGUCCGCCUCUUGACGGCCCUUCAUCGCGGAGGCGAUUCAGGACGUGUAAGACUCUGCUACGAGCAGAUUCUGGGAGCUGCCACCCAUUUGGUCCGAAAACACAAAAAGGAGCUGAAGAGCGACGCCUUGAUGGACAACCGGCCUCUUUGGGCUUCGUUUUUGGACAGUCCCUCAGAGGUGCGAGAAGUUCUAGGAUUGGAGCAGCGGUCGGCCUUCGAGGAUUUGUACCAUGUGUACAAUGCGUACAGUUCAGGUACAAGCCGGACCGAGCGCAACUUGGGAGCUGCAGCGAAACAGCUUCAGGUGCAUUGCGGGCCAUUGGAUGACUCGACGAUGGCUUCUCUGACGUUUUUGGCGUGCUCCCCUCUGGAGGAAACAUCUUUCGCGAUCAGGCCCGAAAGCUUUCAAGAUGAGAAG